AGACCCGUUGCUUAGAGAAGAAAUACCCCUUGCUCUCCUCUCUCUCUCUCUCUCUCUCCUUAAUUACUUUUAUUUAUUUCCCAUCAAAUUAACUUGGCGGCCAUGGUUUUGCUGUUUUCCGCUUUUCGCGCGAUCGACUUCUCCAGGUCUAAUACCGAUUUUGCAUCCGAAGAUCUACGCAAUGCGUGAAUGUUCGAAUUACUUUUGUUCGUGUUUCAAACUUCAAUUGCGUAGAUUCUGAUGAUUUGUCCAGAAUUGUGUUGUGAUACAUGAAAUACAGUGGAGAAAAGGUGGGCAGCACCUGAUUUUAGUUCAAAUAUUCCAAACUCAGAUUUGUGUGGCCUUGCCGGUUUCCGAUGGGAGGUUUUUUAAGUUUGGCUGGUCCCAAGUUGGGGACGAACGAGUAUCAUGAGGUCUCUCAGUAUGAGAACUGCAAGAGGCAAAGAAUGUCGCCAAGUAUCGAUGAGGAGAGCCCGAGACUGAUUCCCAGUCUUCCCGAUGAGCUAUCGGUUCAGAUUAUUGCUAGGCUUCCCAGAAUUUGCUACUUUAAUGUGAGGUUGGUAUCACGGAAGUGGAAGGCGACUGUUAUGAGCCCGGAGCUUUUUAAGUUGAGGAAAGAAAUAGGGACGACUGAGGAAUGGCUGUAUCUGUUGACUAAGAUUGAAGAAGACAAACUUUUAUGGCAUGCUUUGGACCCCUUGUCAAAAAGAUGGCAGAGGCUACCUAUGAUGCCCAAUGUCGUUUACAACGAAGGAUCUAGUAAAGGGCCUUCUGGGCUUUGGAUGUGGAGCAUGUUGGGGCCUAGCAUUAGGAUUGCCGAUUUAAUUAGAGGCUGGCUUGGGCAUAAGAGCUCCUUCGAUCAAAUGCCAUUUUGUGGUUGUGCCGUUGGCGCUGUUGAUGGAUGCCUUUAUGUGCUAGGUGGAUUUUCUAAAGCUUCAGCCAUGAAAUGUGUCUGGAAAUUUGAUCCUAUUCAAAAUGCUUGGAGUGAAGUUCCUGCCAUGUCUACAGGCAGGGCCUAUUGUAAAACAGGCAUUUUGAAUGACAAACUAUAUGUUGUCGGAGGGGUUAGUCAGGGACGAGGUGGAUUGACUCCUCUUCAGUCUGCAGAAGUUUUCGACCCUUCUUCGGGAAUAUGGUCCCAAGUACCAAGCAUGCCAUUCUCUAAAGCUCAAGUUUUACCCACUGCCUUUUUGGCCGACAUGCUAAAGCCUAUCGCAACUGGGUUGACUUCAUACAUGGGAAGGUUAUGUGUGCCUCAAAGUUUGUAUUCAUGGCCAUUUUUCGUUGACGUCGGAGGAGAAAUCUAUGACCCUGAAACAAACUCUUGGAACGAAAUGCCAAUUGGCAUGGGAGAGGGUUGGCCUGCACGUCAGGCUGGUACAAAGUUGAGUGUUGUGGUAGAUGGUGAAUUAUAUGCUUUUGACCCUUCUAGUUCUUUGGACAGCGGCAAGAUCAAGGUGUAUGACCAGAAGGAAGAUGCUUGGAAAGUUGUGAUAGGGAAAGUCCCAAUCUAUGACUUUGCAGGUUCAGAAUCUCCGUAUUUGCUUGCUGGUUUUCAUGGAAAGCUUCAUGUUAUCACCAAAGAUGCCAACCGUGAAAUUGCAAUUAUGCGGGCCGAUCUGCAUGAUAAUACGGAUUCUAUACCAUCGAGCUCAACUUCUGUUGUAGCGGACUCCUCUGACUUGCUGGCGGAUUCGGAUGCUGUAAUUUGGAACGUCAUUGCAACUAGGGACUUCGAGGCAGCUGAUCUAGUCAGUUGUCAAGUUCUUGCCAUUUAGCAGAAUGCUAUGUGUCACGUUUUCAGCGUCUGUGUGAGUAAGCUGUAUGUUGCUAAAGGGCCUAGGUACAGCAGCUUCCUGCAAAUUGAUGAGCUACGUUAUUAUAUGUUUUCAGUAUAAGAUGAGGUAUAUUGUAUAGAAUACGCACAUAAACCGUUAUUUUACAAACUGAUAUUAUUGCCA